AUGCCCCAAAAGGCCAAGAAACCGAAGGAGAAAAAAGGCAAGAAAGACAAAGGAAAACAAAAGGAUAAUGAGAGCCAUGAUAGAACCAUGGCCGUGACGAAGAGAAUCGCAGUCUGUGGUGACGAAGCUACAGUUCAAGAAGUGGUGUCUCAGGCCGGACGAUUGAAAACUGCCACUGGUGGUGCCGAAGUGACUAUUAACGUCGAGAAUGGAAUGAGCGGACCCGAAGAUGUGGCGCCUGGGGGUGACUACGACGGCAUCCUCUGUGCUUACGACAUACGUGACCAGAAAAGCUACACUUUUCUCGAGGAAAAGAAUGCGAUGGCGGAUGGCAUCCUCUCCCUUUUUAUCCGGAAAGACACAAACUUCAUCAGGCAAAACACCGGCAAAUGA